AUGGGACUAAAGCAGGAAACAGCUAGCAUCAGAUGGGAGCUUUUCAUCAUUAAGAUGAGUGGUAGUCCGCGUGUGUACAUGGAUGUGGAGGGCUGGCAGCGUUACCUGCCUCCCCUUAAACGACACAACAGUACGUUUGUCCCCAAAAAGGACGGUGUGUGUAUGGUGGGGGACCUGCUGCUACACAUGCCCCUGUGCCUCUACUGCAGCGUGGUCAACGUCGGCUGGAAGGUGGAUGGUCUGAAAGAAGCCCUCGCCGAUCCGGAGACGAGGUUGUACCCCCUGGAUGCCCUUCCGUGCGAGCUUCUCUCCCCUUUGCUGUACAGGCGGAAGUACAUCGCGCGGAUCGUGGACUCGAUCCAGACGCUCUGUCAGAUGGGUGUGGUCACCUUUAGCCCCAAGGGAAUCAAGAGAGAUUACGAAUAU